AUGACUGAACUCUUGCCUGAUGAUCAAGAAGCCAGAGAAUGGAUAUAUAAGGCUAAAGUAAAUGGUUUCAUGUUGUUUUAUGAUUACGAUGAUUUCGAGAAUGUAGAGUUGGUUGAAAAUUCCACUGACAUGAUAAUACAAAGGGCUUUUUUAAGGCUAUUAAAACGUAGUGUAACUUUGUCAAGAUCUAAAUUAAGUACUCAGUUCACACUGAGGCAUUUGGUUAGAGAGUUGCAAAAGCUUCGUAGAGUUUCAGCCCAUGACAAUGUUUUGAGCUAUGUGGGUUUAACACAAGAGCCUAAUGUUAAUACUGUUACUGUGGUUUUAGAAUAUGCUGAAUAUAAUUUACAAGAAUAUUUAAGUGCCAAUGAAUUACCAUGGAGGAAAAAAUUCAGACUUGCCAAACAAUUAACUGGUGGAUUAUUUUGUCUACAUCAAUAUGAAAUGUUUCAUGGUGAUUUGAGAUCAGACAACAUUGGUAUGAUCAAUGGUAGAAUAAAGCUUCACAAUUUUGGAAAGUUCAAAAAAAUAGAAGAAUCUAAAAAAACUUUGGCUCACUAUUUUGAACAAAUACCCUAUUUAGAUCCUCAGCAUCUAAAGAACCCAAAAAAGUUCUUUAGAGAUGAAAUUAUAUCUGAUAUAUAUAGUUUAGGUGUGUUAUUUUGGGAGAUUUCAUCACAAAAACCACCAUUUGAACAAUAUUCUGAUGAGCCAUGUAGGUUAUGUUAUUUAAUUGUUUAUGAAAAUCAUCGUGAAACUCCAGUUCCAGACACUCCUAAAUUUUAUGAAGAUUUAUAUAAAGAAUGUUGGGCAUUUGAAAGAGAUCUGCGUCCCAACAUUGAGAAUGUUUGGAAUCGCUUGGAAGAUGCAGAAGAUUCAAAUUGA